GUCACUCGAGAGUAUAUCCUAGGUCCUGAGAAUACCCCUUUUUACACGAUUCGAUGGGCUCCAAAGAACGAGGAACCAAAAGCUCAUGUGGUAUUUGUGCAUGGUUUUGCUGAACAUGUCGAACGAUAUACACAUUUCUUUCCUAUCCUAGCUUCACCCCCUUACUCACUCAGUAUCUUAGCCUUUGAUCAAAGAGGACAUGGACGUACUUCUCAAGAACCUCUCACGUCCUCUUCUUCAGAAGUUAUUCAAUGGAAGAAAGAAGGUAGACCAGUGAAAUUAGAGAAGAACGCCAAAAGGAGAACUGGAGGUUGGGCAAAGAUCUUACCUGAUAUCGAGUGGUUUGUGAGGUACGAACAUGAUCGGGCCAAGAGUAAAGGCAAAAAGUUAUUCUUGUGGGGUUUUAGUAUGGGAGGAGCGGAGGUAUUGAGGUUCACUCUGAAAUCUUCUUCGCAGAUUAGGACUUUGGUAGCUGGAGUCAUCGCUGGUGGAAGUUUGAUCAGGUUGAAAGAUGCUGCUCCGUGGAUAAAACUCAAAGCAGGUACUCUUGCUGCCAAUCUAGGGCUAGGUAAUAUGCUCAUCCCUGCUCCUAUGGAUAGUACCCUCUUCUCUCAUAAUCCAGAGUCCAAUGAACGGGCCCAACUCGACCCUUUCUGCGAACAAAUCGGCUCCACCCGCGGGAUGGCAGACAUGAUCAAUGGUGGUGCCCUCCUCGAUCGUUCCGAAGCAUGGGAAGCGUGGCCAAAGGAGAUGCCUUUGCUGGUAUAUCAUGGAGGUGAGGAUGGGAUUUGUGAUGUUGAAGCAGCACGAAGGUUUGAAAGGGGGGUAAAGGCGGCGGAUAAGACUUUGUAUGUCGUCGAGGGGAUGUAUCAUGAAGUACAUAACGAAUACGAACCUGUACCUACUCAGGUUGCCACUACUGUCGCUCAGUGGAUU